AUGAAAAAAAUUGAAGAUAAUAAUAUAUUAGUAUUUAUUGUCAAUAAACCAUUAACUAAACAAACAGGAAAAAAAAUGUAUGGUGUUGAUGCUGAAAAAGUCAAUACAUUAAUUCAACCUGAUGGUGAAAAGAAAGCUUAUGUUAAACUUAAGACUAAUCAUGAUGCAUUUGAUAUUGCUAAUCGAAUUGGUAUUAUAUAA